UGAACACUCAACUCCCUCCAACAGGGCCCAUGGCCCAUUCCAGCACCGUCGCACUCGCCGGCCCUCAAUCGCAAGAUCCUCGCGAUCACCUAUAGACCCUCACCCGACCAAUUGACCCCUCUGCGGAUCCCCCACGCAUCCCCGCCCUUCUCCGCCGCAGUCGCAUGAAUACUGAGACCGGGAUCGAGAUCUAUUCGACGAACCGGCCUAUUGUACAAUAUCGUUCUACCUAUUGGCCAUUGGCCAUCAGACGCUUAUAUAAAAAACAUACCGAACGAACCGACCUCAACGGAUAUAUCCAUACUCAAUGGCAUACUCCACGCCAAAGCUCUCAACUAUCAUAACCUGGCUCCUGUACUUCGUGCCCGUGUACAUCUUUGUACUUGAUCCGCUACUCCGCCCAUAUUUCCCGGAUAGCGCUUCGUCUUCGCUGUCAUGGGGAGAGGAUCAGGAUAGACAUGUCCUUGAGGAAUGGGAUACUUCCCCGUCGACUUUACACUUGACGGACGACAGCUUUAUCAGUCCCGACGAUGGAGUCCCAGAUAAUUGUCCCGGUGAAGCAGAAGGAUACCGCGUGCAUCUACUCUCGCAAGCACCGCUCGUCUUGUACAUUGAGAACUUUGUGAGCGCUGCCGAGGCGGAUCAUCUAGUUGAGAUCAGUCUUAACAAAUACACCCCCUCAAUAAUCUACAACGGCAAAACCCAACAAAUCGACCCCUCAAAACGCCUCUCCGACCGCGCCCUCCUAGACCGCGACGACACAGUCCGCUGCCUCGAGAACCGCGCGCGUACCUUCCAAGGCUGGCGUCCGCACCUGUACAUCGAGCGCAUGUGGGCACAGCGCUACAAUGCCUCUGGCCAUUAUCGGCAUCAUUAUGACUGGACGGGAUCGCUUGCACGGGGCGGGGAUAGGCUUAGCACGUUUAUGGUUUAUUUGGGGGAUGAGUUGGGGAUGCCCGGGGGGAGGGAGUGGUGUCGGUUUUUGGAGUGUGAGGAAGAUGAGCAGGGGACUGUGAAAGAGGGCAUUACGUUCAAACCGAUCAAGGGGAAUGCGAUAUUUUGGGAGAAUUUACGACCGGAUGGGACGGGGUACCCGGAGACGUGGCAUGCGGCGUAUCCGGUUACUUCUGGGACGAAGGUGGGCUUGAAUAUUUGGAGUUGGUAUCAGCCGCCGAAGAGGAACAGGGGUGGUGGGAGGUGA